AUGCCCGGCGGCAAGGGAAAGUCUUCUGGCGGCAAGAGCUCCGGCGGCAAGACCAGCGUCGAGGGCCACAAGAAGCAGCAGAGCCACUCUGCUCGCGCCGGCCUGCAGUUCCCCUGCGGUCGUGUCAAGCGUUUCCUCAAGCAAAACACCCAGAACAAGAUGCGCGUCGGCGCCAAGGCUGCCGUGUAUGUGACCGCCGUACUCGAGUACCUGACCGCCGAAGUCCUUGAGCUGGCAGGCAACGCCGCCAAGGACCUCAAGGUCAAGCGCAUUACGCCGCGCCACCUCCAGCUCGCGAUUCGCGGUGACGAGGAGCUCGACACGUUGAUCCGCGCCACCAUUGCCUUUGGUGGUGUCCUGCCGCACAUCAACCGCGCGCUGCUGCUCAAGGUCGAGCAGAAAAAGAAGGCCAAGGCCCUCGAGGCGUAA